GGAGGCUGUGAGCUUCAGAAUGUGGUGAUCCCCAGCGGCGAGCAGCCGCGGAUCCCGAUGUGGUGGAGGGAAGGAGAGAGGUUCCUGGAAGCUAGGGGGGAGAUGGCUGAGAGAGAGCCGGAGCCCCACACUCUCUGCCUGUUUGAUGUGGAUGGCACUCUGACAGCAGCCAGACAGAAAAUCACGCCUGAGCUGGACGAGUUUUUCCAGCGGCUCCGAACCAAGGUGAAGAUCGGUGUGGUGGGAGGCUCUGAUUACAUCAAGAUCGCGGAGCAGCUGGGGGAAGGAGAGGAAGUCAUUCGGAAAUUCGAUUACGUCUUCGCCGAAAACGGAACAGUCCAGUACCGAGACGGAAAGUUCGUCACAAAGGAGGCUAUUCAGAACCAGCUCGGUGAGGAGUUGCUGCAGGAGCUGAUUAAUUUCUGUCUGGGCUACAUGGCUCUCAUUAAACUGCCAAGGAAAAGGGGCACCUUUAUCGAAUUCCGGAAUGGGAUGCUGAAUGUAUCUCCCAUCGGCCGGAGCUGCACCCUGGAGGAACGUAUCGAGUUCUCCCGGAUUGACAAGGAAGAGAAGAUCAGGGAGAGGUUUGUUGCAGCUUUACAGAAAGAAUUCGCUGGGAAAGGGGUAAAGUGUACAAGAGGGGGAAUGAUCAGUUUCGAUAUCUUUCCUGAGGGCUGGGACAAACGGUACUGCCUGGAUAUCCUGGAGAAGGACGGGAUUCAAACCAUCCACUUCUUUGGGAAUGAGACUGAGCCGGGUGGAAACGAUCAUGAAAUCUUCCAUGAUCCCAGAACAAUUGGACACACAGUGAUGUCUCCGGAUGACACAGUCCGGAUUUGUAAGGAGCUCUUCCUGUAGGAACGAACCGCGGACACAUCCUGUCAUUCCCGGAUCUCGAGCCCGGGAAUUCAGCUUCUGGAAAUCAUGGAGAGGGCGACCGGAACUGCAGGUUCCCCUUGCCCAUUGGGAUGGACAAUUAGCUCAGCCAUGUCAACAGCUGUGCAUUGUGGGAUACUGCUGCUGUGGGAUGUCACUCAUCCAGUUCCAUAUCAGUGUGACCGGAAUUACUUUAUGUGUUGUUCACAAUCAGAUGUGCAUUUACUUUUGUACGUAGCUACAAGAUGGAACUAUGGCUGGGACAUAUCAGAAACCUGUUUCACGGAACUACCUAUUGGCCAGAGGCCAGUACUACACCGUGACCGUUUGAGGAGAAAAUGUUGACAUAGCCAUUUACAGUGGUGCAUGUUGAUCGAAAAACACACGACCCCCACCAAAAAAAAAUAUUGUAACAACAGGAAGCAAAAGGGGCUGGAAGCUCAGACCCCAAAAACCAGAGUUUGCAUGGACUUUCGAACAUGAAGAAAUGAGCUGAAGAGAUUGCAGAGAGUUGUGAGGCCGGUCCCAGUGAAGGAAGCGGGGAUAGUUCGAGGGUGCCAGACUCUUGGAUUUUAAAAUCCUGAAACGGGGAAACGUGGAGACUGUGAAUUUCCACAGCUCAGAGUUCUGGGAGAGGAUGGUUCGGGGUGAGGACCUGAGAGGGGUGAGGAGGGAAGACUGUGUUGUCAUUUAUAAAGAGCGGGCCAGGACAGAGAGUUGUCGGAAAGAGAGACCUAGGGCUCCAGGGACAUAAUCCUUUGAAAUCUGUGUCACAUACAGACAGCGUGGUUAAGAAAGCAUUUGGCAAGCUUGCCUUCAUUGCUCAGACCUCGGGGUGGAGGAGUUGGGAUGUCAUGUUGAGGCGGUACACGUCAUUGUGGAGGCCUCUUCUGCAGUACUGUGUCCAGUACUGGUCGCCCUGUUAUAGGAAGGAGAUUAUUAAGUCAGAGAGGGUUCAGAAAUACUUCCCCAAAGAUGUUGCUGGGAAUGGAGGGGUUGAGUUACAAAGGUAGGCUGGGAUUAUGUUUUCACUGCACUGUAGGAGGUUGAGGGGAUGACCUGAGAGAGGUUUAUAUAAUCGCGAAGGGAAGAGAAAUGGUGAAGAGCACCGGCCUUUUCCCCAGGAUGAAAGACUUCUAAACAAUUGCGCAGAGAGAGCAACAGUGAAAGGAGUGAGGAAAGGGAAGGAGGUUUGAGGAGGAGGGUGAGAGAUGGAUGGUCAGAUGUGCUUUUUGGAAGCAGCGAAGCGAAAGAGCAAUGCUGGCCUCCACUUCCUGAGAGAGAGGCUCGACAUGUCAAGGAGCUGUCGGGGAGUGGGAUGAGAGCGAGAGUCCAGGGCGGGUUAGGCCUCCCCAUCCUGAGGCUGGAAAUGGAAGGAAUUCACAGGCAGUUCACUCGGCUCAGUGUGGGAGGGAAGGGGUUGUCCUGCUGGGGAAUGCUCAGGCCGAUCGGGUCAGAAUUUAGUGAAAUGUAAUGGAACCACAGACAGGAAGAUCAGGAAGGAGGGUGGCGGGGCGGCUGGUGAGAGAACGUUUCCUAUCAAACCAUGUAAAGAACAAAGUUUAAAAUUAAAGCAUCUCA